UAUUUAGGUCUACGAGUGUUUGCAUCAGUUUACUAAAAUUUAUCUCACUCCUGACUUCCGUCAUUUUACGGAGAAAUAAAGAUACUGAUGUAUAUAAUUUGACUGACAACCCUGAUAUUUUUAUCGUCUCUGAUGCGUAUUUAUGAAAUUUAUAUCAUGUAAUGAACUCGGCACCCACGAUUACUGCCGCGCCUGCCUGCUCUCAAUCCCAAUGCCUCGUGGUGCGCCGGACAAGACAAUCACUUAGAGUGAUUUCAUAUCUUUCUUUUUAUCGUCUUCCCGGAGGCUGUAGAUGACAGUCCGCGGCUGUAGUAUGUGUUUUGUUUGGGAAGUAGCUUGAGUUUCGUGCUGCUGGUUUCGUGACAGGUGUGUGGGCAGGGGAAUGGAGAUCAAUGGAGACCGGUGUUGGUUCGAAUGUUGAUGUUGACAUUGUGUAAUAUAAAUACCGUCGUAAUGAUAAGAAAAGCUAAGGGAAGUGAUUAUUAAACAAAUACCAGUUCUGAUAUCCCGUGUCAUGUGAGCUGGAGGCCGAUGACUGUUCAGUAAUACUGAGAGCAACUUCGCCGAAUUAUCUUGUGUUCGAUACGUGAUUUCUUUCAGAAGUAUAAAAUUCGUUUCUUUGGAGAUGUAGUUUAUUGGAACCAACUGUAAUUCUGAUCGUGUAAAACACAUAUAAUCAUAUUCAUUCCAUUUCCAAUUUUUAGGGAGCAAUUUUCCUUGUGUGUGUGUGUGAAUGAAAACAAAUUCCUUCAAAAUGUUUGGGUCGGUAAAAACUAUGUUAAGAAAGUAUAAAGACUCUCAUGCAAGUAAAAAAACAGCAAAUAAAUCAGCAAAUUGUGUUACCAAUGAACAGGGAGAUUCUGAUUCAGGUGGUAAUAUGAAAGAAUUCAAUGAAAUCGGCACUGAUCAGAAUUCAAAAUCUGAGGAUUCCCAACCAUUUGUUGAUGUGGUUGUACGUAAAUUCCCAUGCCCAAAUAUGGCCACUUUUUUAGUAAUUACUUUGCUCAUUAAAGUAUUUGUAAUUUUGCCAGUUAUUUAUCUUCUACAUUGUUUUGAUUUGCUCAAUACUCACUGGCCAAAUGAUGAAUUCAGACGUGUGCUCACUGACCAUAGUCAUUCAAAUCCAAGAAAAGAUAAUCAUUAUUAUCAUUCUGUUUUAUAUCAUCCGUAUAAUGAUUCGAAACAGCAUCUUAGUGAGUUAGAUGAUAUAAGCAAAUUGCCUCUGCCAGAACCUGCCUUGCCUUCACAGUGUUCUAGUAUCCCAAAUGCAAUGAAAUUUGAUUGCUAUCCAGAGGAAGGAUCUACUGAGGACAAGUGCAAAAAGCGUGGCUGUUGUUGGGCUCCUGCUGGGAAGUCCCAGACAGAGAAUUCUUCUCUGCCACUGGAUGUCCCUUAUUGCUUUUAUCCUCAAGGAUUUGGUGGAUAUACUGUUCAUAACAUUACUCAUGCUCCUACUGGAAUAACUGCAUUCUUGAAAAGAAGUUUCAAGUCUCCAUACCCAAAUGAUGUGCCAAUGGUAAAAAUGGUAAUUAUGUAUGGAAAUGAACAACAGCUUCGUUUGAAGCUCUAUGAUCCAUCUUCACCAAGAUUCGAACCUCCUUAUCCUGAAGUACCAUCACUACAGAAAGCUGUACCUCAGAAGGAUUAUCGUGUUGAAGUGGAUACCCAGACUGGUGGUGUGAAAAUUAUCAGAGAUGCCAAUAAUAUUACAAUAUUUAAUACUCAAAAUGUGGGUGCAUUGAUAUUAGCUGAUCAGUUUCUACAACUAUCAUCUUUGUUGCCUUCUCGUAAUGUGUAUGGUCUUGGUGAACAUCGAUCAAGUUUACGUCUUCCUCUUGAUUGGCAACGAUUUGUUAUGUUUAAUCAUGAUACAGUACCCACAGAGAAUCAAAAUUUGUAUGGAAGCCAUCCCUUUUAUCUGGUAAUGGAAGAAGAGAAGAAUAGCCAUGGCGUCUUCUUGCUGAAUAGCAAUGCAAUGGAGGUUAUUCUUCAACCAGCCCCGGCCAUUACAUUUCGAACAAUUGGUGGAGUGUUAGACUUCUUUAUUUUUCUGGGACCAACACCAUCUGAUGUUAUUCGUCAAUACACUGAUAUUGUUGGCAGACCUUAUUUUCCUCCUUAUUGGGGAUUGGGAUUUCAUCUUUGCAGAUUUGGACUACACUCCUUAAAUGAAACCAAGGAAGUAAUGAAUAGAAAUCGUCAUGCUGGAAUACCACUUGAUGUUCAGUGGAAUGAUUUAGAUUAUAUGGAUUCUAGUAAUGAUUUUACGUAUGACAAGAAACGGUUCCGAGGAUUACCUGAGUUUGUUGAUCACUUGCAUAAGAUUGGAAUGCAUUAUGUGCCAAUAAUCGAUGCUGGUGUUAGUGCUGGUGAGAGACCUGGAUCUUAUCCUCCUUUUGAUGAAGGUUUAGCUUUGGGGAUUUUUGUAAAGAAUACAUCUGGCGAGCCUUUCAUUGGGAAAGUGUGGAAUCGUGUAUCUACUGUAUGGCCUGACUUCACACAUCCGCAAACUGUUGCAUAUUGGUUGAAACAAUUGCAUAGACUUCAUUGGCAGGUGCAGUUUGAUGGAGCAUGGAUUGAUAUGAAUGAACCAUCCAACUUUUAUUCUGGAACGUCAUCUGGUUGUCCAAACAAUAAUUUAGAACAUCCUCCUUAUGUGCCUGCUGUAAAUGGGGGGAAAUUAUUUUACCGUACUCUGUGCAUGUCUAGUAUUCAGCAUGCUGGUCAUCAUUACAAUACUCAUAACUUAUAUGGGUUUUCUGAAGCAAUUGUCACCAGCUUUGCUUUGACUGAGAUUCGAGGACGAAGACCUUUUGUCAUUUCUCGAUCAACAUUUGCUGGUCAUGGUCAUUACGCUGGUCAUUGGAGUGGUGAUGUAUAUUCUGACUGGCAUUCAAUGGAAAUGAGUAUUCCACAAUUGCUCAGUUUUAGUCUUUUUGGAAUUCCUCUAAUGGGUACUGACAUUUGUGGUUUCAAUGGGAAUACUACUGUGGAUUUAUGUCAACGUUGGAUGCAGCUCGGUGCAUUCUACCCCUUUUCUCGUAAUCACAAUACAGACGAUGGCAUACCACAAGACCCAGCAGCACUGGGACCUGCUGUAAUUGAAUCAAGCAGAAAGGCGCUGUUAAUUCGUUAUUCUCUUCUGCCAUAUCUGUACACUCUCUUCUGGCGUGCUCAUGCAUUUGGUGAUACUGUAGCCAGGCCUUUGUUCAUUGAAUUUCCAGAUGACCCAGAAACCUAUGGAAUAGAUAAACAAUUUUUGUGGGGACCAGCUCUUAUGAUUGUUCCAGUUUUGAAGUGGGGUGAGACAUUUGUGACUGGGUAUUUCCCAAAGUCAAUUUGGUAUAAUCUUCAUACAUUGGGCCCUGUGACAGCAAAACAACAGUCCUGGCAUGAUAUAACAGCGCCUUUGGAUACUAUUCCACUCUUUUAUCGAGGAGGUCACAUUAUACCUCUGCAGUCUCCUAAUAUGACUACUACUGCCAGUCGUAAAAAUCCUGUAGAACUCAUUGUAGCCAAAGAUGAAGAUGGAAAAGCAACAGGUUCCCUGUAUUGGGAUGAUGGGGAUUCUGUCAACACAUAUGAAGAUAAAAAGUACAGCCAUGUGACAUUCACUCUUAAUGAAUCUCGCCUUCGAGGCACUGUUGUGUGGUGGGGUUAUGAUGCCCCUUUGAUGCUUGGUAAAGUACAUGUAUUGGGGAUUGGUAUUCCUGUGAGAUCUGUAUAUGUGAACCAAGUUGCUCAUUCUUUCUCAUACAACUCAGGCAACCAGGUAGUAACAACACUACAUUUUCUUGAGGAUAAAAAAUUUGGCUCUUCCGCUCAACCAGAAUUUUUCUAUUCAUUGGGUUUAAAUUUCAUACAACAAUCUUAUUUCUCAUUGUGGACUGUGAAAUACGAAGAAAAUGUAAUAUUGAAUACCAGCUAUAGAAAUGUAAUGCAUUUAACAUCCUGAGAAGAAGUGUGAAGAGCUGCAGAGUGAGAAGAAUUUUCACAAAACACAUGGAAAAAUAAUAAUAGAGCAUUCCCUAAAGAAGCUAGAAUAUAUCUUGAUUCAUUCUAUUUUCGAAGGGUUGAUAAUUAAUAGAUGUUUACAUAGUAAAAGAAUAUAUAUUUGAGAGUUCUUUUCCCCUAUUUAUUGUAAUGUUAACUGUGAAUUGUUGUUCUAUGAAAGCUCACUGAAAAGAAGUACAUAGUGCAUUAAAUAUAUGUAUAUCAGUGAGGUGAAAAAUAAAUAAGAUUACACAACAAUUUUGAAUGAGAAUAAUAUUGCAAUCUCUAAUUUAAUAUUGCCAUAAAAUAUUUGAUUUUUAUGACGAUAAUUUCUAGAGAAUAUUAUUGAAAUUUAUUUUUCACCUCAUGAAUUCAGAGAUUUAAGAAGAAUAGAAAGAAUCAAUUGUUAGAAUGUAUAGCUUUUGAAAUAUAUUGAAGCAACUUUAUCUACUGAAAAUUGAUGUGUCAAAGGGCACUGUUAAAGUGCAGUUAUAUAGACCUCUUUUUGUGGUAUUUUGUGUCCAGAUGUAAGUAACAUGUGUUAAUGUGCAUUGAAAAAGAAACACAUAAUUAAAUAAAACAAAAAUAAUUGUGAUUAACUGAUCUCUGAACUUUGAAUGUAAAUCCAUUUGUAUAAUUAAUUUCCUUCUCUAUUAACAGAUAUGUCAUAUCUUCUAGGUUUGCUCAAAAAUGGUAGAUGGAACAUGCUCUACUAAUUUUACUCAAAUCAAGUUUUUGUCAUUGACAUGUGCCAAAGGAGUUCAUGUUACCACCCCUUUCUCUGUGAUAAUCACUUCUCUUCCUUUCUUUCUUUUUUCUCCUUUUUGUAGACUACAUGUUUGAAUUUGUCUGUAUCCAAUAGUGGUUUUCUUCACUGUUAAGUGUGCAAAAUUUCUAAUUUUACCGGAGAAAAAAUACUUAGUGACAAAUAGUAGCUUUGAAGAUUUAUGUUACAUAUCAGUUUUAUUUUCUCUCACUCUCUAUUUACUCACACUUUUAUUUUUAAUUUAGGAUGAUUAGUGUUGUAUUUUGUUACUGUAAUUCGAUUUUAAAAUAUUUGUAAUAAUGGUUUUUUGAAUUUACACAUUAUGAAUGAUGUUAGUUUCCAUUGGUAGCUUAAUUAUUUAUUUGUGAUAACUAAUUAUAGGAUGAAUAUUUUGGGAAUCUACUAGUUAAGAAUACAUUGCAUUAUCAAAACUUGUUAUGUUUUUGGCAUGUAUUGCUUGUUUGUUAGCACUAGAGACAAUGUUAGUUAUUUGUAUGUUUCCGAAAGCAUUUAAUGUAAUGUUACCCAAAUCUAUUGGGAUCAUGGAUUGAUAUAAUUGUUUAAAAUAUGUGUGGUCAUUGAUUGUGUAUCUGCUACUUACAUUGUAUAUCAAUAGAAAAUAGUUAAUAGUCAUUAUUUUAUUGAUAUAGUCAAUAUUAUGAAGUAUGCUUUUGUUGCAUUUUGGAAUCUCAUCAUCUUUUGAUUUGAAGAUUAUUUAGUUUUUGAAUUAAUAAGAUAUUUUUUAUAACUUUUUGGUAGUUAUAAGAAAAUUGUAAGUUACAACGUUCUCUUUUGAGAAAUUGGAGAAGCAUGAAUUUAUAUUAAUGUUAUGCUAUUUAUGAUAUUAAUGAAUUUGUCCGUUUAUUUGCAAUUUUUAGUUUGUUUUUCACAAAAUAUACUCCUUAAUUGAACAAUAUUUUAAAUAGUUUGUAAAACUAUUAGUGUUGUAUAAGACUGUUGCAAUGAUAGGCCAUCCAGAAUAUAAAGUAUGUGUAAAAGAAUAUAUAUAUGUAUAUUAUAUAUUAUUUCUGGUGUUUAUUUCAGCUCACAUUUUCAAGAUAGAAUAUUGUUGGUAAAUUCAUCCAUAUUUCUUUGUAUUUGCAUUGUAAAAUUUGCUCUAAUUCGAGUAUUUAUUGCAGUUAUUUUAAUUUUGUUCAGUGUGCAGGUACUUUACAAUAGGCCUAUUUAUUUUAUUUCAGAGUACAACAAAAUAUAAUACCUGUUUAUUAUUGUCACCAAAGCAUAAAAUGAUGCAAGGGCACAUUUGACAACCACGCACAAAUAAAACCAGUAGUGUGUGUAGGUUUCUCAAGUUAGGUCCAUUAAUCUCAUUUGGAGAGAUAAAAGAUACGUAAUUAAGUAGAUGCAAUUGCAUUUACAUGACAGACACUACAACUUUAAUAUUUAUAUCAGUAUAUCAUAGUUUGACAUUUUUUAUUUUUUUUUAUUAAUUUGUAUACUUAACAUGAUUAUCAGUUUCUAAUUGAUGUUGUACAGUAUAGUUGUGAUGCUGUUGUGUUGUAGAAAUGAAUUACAUGAAUGUAUACAUUGUUCUUCAGUUAGAGACAUUAUGUAGUGUAGCUAAACAGUGAUCUUGAUUUUCUUCAAUAAAAUUUUGUUAGCAGCAUGAUUCAGUUUUAAAUUCUUCUGUAAAGAUGGUAUCCAAUUUAGUAUUAUAAAACUCUGAAAAUCAGAAAAAAAUCAUCAGUAAGUGAAAUCUUAGAAGUGAUAUACGGUGUACAUCUGAAUUGGAUGGCAUUAUCCAUCAGCAGACUAAGUGCCAAUAGAAAAAAAAAGUUUUUAUUUGAGGUUUACUUUGUUCUAUUUUAUUGUGAUUCUGGUGUGUGAAGUGGGUGCUUAUAUGUGGGGUAUUGCUGUUUCUGAUCUGGAGGAUGAACUAGAUAUAUGCUAAUAUCAGCAGUUUUUCUUCAUUAAUUAUAAGUUGCAUACUGAAUAAUACUGAGUAUUAAACUUCAAACUGUUUUCUCACAAAGCAGAGUCUUUGACUUAAUGUUACCAGCCCUGCAGCUGGCACAGAAUUGAACUGAAAAUAGCUGCAAAAGCUUUUUGCAGAAUUAAAAUGCUAUGGCAAAACUGCACAUGAAAUCAUUACAAAGAUAAUAAACCUCUCACCCCUUCCUCUUGCUAGUUAAGAAUGUCACUUUGUCAUUGCAUGUAUAAUGCCAUUCAGUCAUGCACACAUUUCUUCAACUGGCAAGAUUGUUUUAUUUCUUGUUUUUUGGCCUCAUUUAAAAAAUGUAGAAGCAAUGCAAAAUGCUGUUUCUUUUGUUUUCUAACGUGGAGUCUGUGUAUGUUCCACUUUGUUUUUUAGAUGGACUAUCCAAUGUUGUAUCCCAUAAGAUCGAAUGUAUUGUCUAUACUAUUUUGUCUUUUUGAGAAAAUUUUGAAAAUGUGACUUCGUGUAAAGUAGUACCUC